AUGGCUGCCUUGCUCAGCAUCUUCGGUUGUCUAGGUUUUAUUUCAGUACUGGCGCUGUUGGCUUUUUGGAUUCGUGCCAUUCGGAAAAAUAUAGCGAUCUCUCAACGUCGACAUGGGGGCCGAAGAGGGGAUCCGGAUAAAAUACAGGAAGAAGAAGAAGAGGGAAGAGGAGGUGAAUGUUCUGAAUCAUAUUCGCCAAAGAGUAGUGUGCUGCCGGCGCGACUGCCCCUUAUAAAGUAUGAGGCGAUGGAAGGAGGAGAGAGCGGGUGCAGUAUCUGUCGCAAGAGCUUCAAGGAGGGGGAGCCGUGCCGGGUGAUGCACGAGUGUGGGCACAAGUUCCACUACCUUUGUGUUGAUCCUUUGGUGAUCAAGCCAACUGCAUGCCCCAUCUGUCGCAUGUCGCACUUGCCCUUUGUCUAUCAGAUGUGUGCCUGA